AUGCACCACGAUGACCGCGCUUCCUCAUCCCAGCCUCGAUGCGAGUCAAGCAGCCAGGCAUCCCCAAACAAGCGGCGCUACCCGGAUCUGCUCGACUCUAGCCCCGCACUCGCUACGCCCAGCACCAGUGCGACCAGUCACAGGGCGAGCAGUAGCAGCGCUUGCUCGCCUUUGCUGAACAGCUCCAAGCCCACAAUCGCGCGCAACGCAUUGCUUCCAGUGCACUCGGAUGACAGCGCGGACGACGAUGACGAUGACGAGGAGCAGGAGCAGGAGGAGCAGCUUCAGAAUGUCGGGCGUAGCUUAUUCGGCUUUGGCUCAUCGCCCAUUUCAUUCUUGCAAGCAUCGCCUGCCGCAUCCAGGCGAGAUCGUGUGCAGGUGCGGGACGAUGGCGGCAACAGGGCAAACGAAAACGCAAUCGCAACCGCGCGCACACCGCCACCUGCUCGCACCAGCGCGUUCAUCGUCAAGGGAACAGUCACGCCUUCUCGCGCUGCCAGAUUCUUUCUACCUGUCCAUGCGAACAUGCGGCGAUCGGCAGAGGCGGUCAGCAACACAACAGACGCAUCUCCUGCCAGGACAGCUGCACGCACGAGCGGUAGAAGAGGAACAAAGCGCAGUCGACGCACAGACGACAGUGCGCACAAUACCCCUCACGCUCUCUCAUCCACAUCCAUGUCCCGGCGCUGUCCCACCCUCGACACGCUGUCGGAUAGCGACUCUAGCUCGGAUCGCGAUGAUGAUCCAUUCUGCAGCUCUCCCUUGAGAAAAGUGGCGCGACAAAACCCUUUUCGUGUAGCCUCGCCGAAUGCCAGCAUUCAGCUACCCUGCGCGCUUAGAGCACUCUCCAUUCAGAGAGAUGUAGGCUCGGCAUGGAUGAGCAUGAGAUCGGCAAUGCCUAGAUGCGCCAUUUUUGCAGCCGGUCGAGGCGUCGGUGAGUGUACGAGGGUCGCAUAGCGCUGGUCUGCCUUCUGAUCUGAUCCCACAAUCCCACGCAGUCCCACGCACCUCCUAUCUCGACUCCUUUGCGCCCAAGGCUCACUUUUGCCUCGACCCCAUCACCGAGGAUGCAGGUCCCGAACUUCCGCUCUGCGGCUCCUUCAGCUACUCGGCUCGCUUCCCGUCAGGCAAUGAGUCUCGCUGGCUGGCCUCUGGCACCAACAGCGGUAACCUGGUGCUCGUGGAUUGUGCCGACACCAGCGGGCAGCGCCAGUUGGUGUGGAACGCGCAUCGCGGAUCCACCUUCGAUUUGGCCUGGCGAGACGAUGAUAGGCGUAUCUUGAGCGGUGGCAGCGACUACUUUGUCAAGAUUUGGGAUGCCGAGACCGGAGUGAGUAGAGUCGGGAAAUAGCGCCGCCAAAUUCGUCCACUGACACGACUUUCUCGCAGCUUUGCACCGGUACCUUUGCAGGACACUCUGGAUCUCCGCGCAGCGUAGCGUGGGAUCCGACGUCUGCUUCAGGAUCGCUAUUUUCUAGCGCCGGCAGAGACGGAAGUGUCCUCGUCUACGACGAUCGGGUGCACGAGUCCGGCAGUGCAGAUGCAACCCAACCAGUGCUGCGCAUCGACUGCGCUCAUCCGAGCGCCGUCUCGAUGCGCGGCAAACGAGCAGCACGAGGGACUAGCACAGCUGCCAAAGGAGUCAUGAGCUUGGUCUAUCUACCCACACGAGGUCAGCACGCCAUCGCGUCGGCGGGGUGCGCAGAUGGUGUCGUCAAGAUGUGGGAUUUGCGUCACGUCGGAGAGGAAUGCGCUGCAGUUGACUUUGACGCAUCGAGCAGAGGAGCACUUGCGGACGUCACAAAUUUGGCAAAGAGCAGCGGCGCGCGCGGCAAGAAGCGCAGCAGAGCCGCUGAGCGAAAGGAUGGCGAGACGAGGCCGUGCGCUAGCAGCGUCGACGUAUCUGCUCGUCAGCACGGUUGCGUCAAGAGGUGAGAUUGGCCCAUGUGCAAUCAUGUCUCUGGGGCUUCUGCUGACGUGCGGUUCCUUUCGAUUCAGUUCGCAUGGCAUCUCGUCCCUUGUAGCUAGCGAUACGGACCUCUUUGCAGCCAGCACAGAUGGAAAGUGAGUGGCGCUCAGACGCUGCGCAAACGCUUGCCAUUCUGACCCAAUUCGGUCUCUCUUUGCCAGCAUUCAUGCUCUCUCCAUUGCCGGCCUAGCGAAUUCCGCCAUUUCGACCAUGGGCAUCACCUCCUUCGCGCAUCCAUCGCACAAGGGCAACACGCUCUACGCCCGUCUGGCGUUGGCGCCGGAUCAACAAACGCUAGCCCUGGGCUGCAGGAAUGGCGAUGCGACGCUCUGGGACAUCAAGGCUGCCAUGGCUGAGCCUAAUGCGCGACCUGCCGUCCUGAGAUCGCCCUUGUCCAAUGCGGAAAUCAACGCUGUAGCUUUCACGAGCGACAGCGAGCAUGGAACAACUCUCGCGACGCUUGCCGACGACUUUAUCGUCCGGCUCUGGGCUCCCACUACUUGA